AGGAAGCGGCAGCAGCAGAGGACGGCAGGAAUCGCGGGGAUCCGGCGCUGCCUGAGCUCGCCGCACUCCGGGAGCAUCGCCCCCAUCCCGCAGGAUUUCCUAUUCCCAACCCUUGGCUGGAUGGAGGAAGAGGCUGUGAGGAAGAGGCAGAUGCCCCUGGACGCCCAGGCAGACAGGGAUCUGAGGAUGGAGACCAGGGAGGACAAAUCCCCACAGCAGAACCUCGUGGAAGAGGCUGUUUUGAGUGACUCUACAGCACAGGAAUCCGAUGGGGAGGAAAAUCCCCAGAGAUCCUGCAGGAGGGGAGGCUGCAAACCCAUCCCAGGGUGCUCCAAGGAGGAAAGACCCACCCUGAGCGAGGAAGGUGGACAGAGCUUCAGCCAGAGCUUGGGCCUCGUGGUCUCUGAGCAGCUCAGUGAUGGGGAGAAGCCCCACAAGUGCUUGGAGUGUGGGAAGAGCUUCAGCUGGAGGUCCCGCCUGAUCCGCCACCAGAUGAUCCACACUGGGGAGAGGCCCUACGAGUGUCCCGAGUGUGGGAAGGGCUUCAGAGACAGCCCCCAGCUUACCAUCCACCAUCGCAUCCACACUGGGGAACGGCCCUUCGAGUGUUGGGAAUGUGGCCAGAACUUCAGCCGGAGCUCCCACCUGACCUCCCACCAGAAGAUCCACACAGGGGAGAGGCCCUACGAGUGUUCCGAGUGUGGGAAAUCAUUUCAGACCAGCUCCCUUCUCCUCAUACACCUGCGGAUUCACACAGAGGAGAGGCCCUUCCGCUGCCCUGACUGCAGGAAGGGCUUCAAGCACAGCUCCCACCUCAUCAGGCACCGGCGCAUCCACACCGGGGAAAGGCCCUACGAGUGCCCCGAGUGUGGGAAGAGGUUCAGGACCAGCUCAGUCUUGAAUCAACACCAAUGGAGACACCGGUAAGGGAAGCCCUGACUGCUGGAAGAGCUUUGUGCACUGCUCCAACUUCCUCUCCCAUCAGAGGACCCUCGUUGCAGAGAGCCCUGGUGACCCACAUUCCCAAUAAUCCAAGUUGGGAAGACACCUGGCUGGUGGUCUCUACAUCAUCCCGGAUCCCUAUGGGCACCUGACUGAAUGCUGGGGCAGGAACAUCCUUUGGGUCUCAGACUGAUAAUGGCAAUUCCUUGGGAAGAGCUGAUUUUUUUCCUUGUCUUGGUUUGAAAUUCAGGUGUCUGCUAAGGAAGGCAGGAGCCCUCCUUGGACUGGAAAAUGUAAACCCCCUCCCUCUGAAUUAUUAGAAUUGUGAAAUCAAGGGGCUCUCAAGCAAAGAUAUAGGAAUAGGCAUAACAGUUCUUUACUAAUGUGUAUAAUAAAGCAAACAACAACAACACCUACGGCAUUAACAGAGGCUUUGCUGCACAAACCCACAGGGGCCCGUGAUCCUGGUGCCCCAGCAGGG